UCAAUUGACCCUAUAAUGGACUGGCAACCAAGCUUUGCCCCAAUGAAAAAUGGGAUUCGCACCAGCCACCCUGCCCCCCUUCUUGGAUCAAGUAAAAGAAAAAUGCACUGAUGGAUGGAUUACCCAACAUGGUAAAUCCUGGGUACAUGGGAGUUAUAUUUUGAAAGGGAAGACCGGAUGUUGGGGAUUUCCAUUCUGGCUGAGUUAACGUUACUUCUUAUUUUCCCAGUAUCAAUCCUUGGGGGAGGGAUCCUUGAGUACUGUCGCACAACUACGGUAGGCUAGAAGCUGUACUUUCCGACUAGUGCAGUUUGAAGCAGGCAGUCCGCGGAGGGUCUAAGAAGAGGAUACUCGCAAAUAGCUCCGAAAGGCGAUUAGCGAUGACGGGCGCUCAAGAAGAGGCUCCGCGGGAAUGCACGUAAAGAUGAGGAUUCCUCCGGUGUGGGCGCUGGGCGCUUGCCAGACUGGGUGAAGUGAGACCCAAGAAGGACACCAGAGGAGGAAGAACCACCACCUGGGGCUGCUGAGGAGGACCUCUGCGCAGGUUCACAAGGCCGUCGGCAGAGUGGAGCUCUCUGACUCAUGGAGAAUUAUUUCCAGGCCGAGGCCUUCAACCUGGACAAGGUGCUGGACGAGUUUGAGCAAAACGAAGAUGAGACCGACACUCCAAUUCUCUCUGAUGCCAAGUGGACUCAGAUCUUGGCCCCGCCGGCCCACAUGCUCUCUUUGAACCCCGCGCUGGCCCACGCAGACCUCAGCCCCCGGGAGAGUCCUCUUCCCUUUAAGACCCUCCCCGACUCCUCCACCAGUGCCUCUCCAGUAGCUGACCCUAAAAGACACCCUGGCCCCGAACGGCCUGAGGAGAGGCCGGCAGAUGUCCACAGCCCCCCCCUCCCUCAGCCUAACAUCGGCAAGCUGGUGGGCACCGACGACCUGUCGCCUGCCCCCGUCCCGGCCUGCAGUGCCGUGGAGAACGGCUGCCCCGGUCAGCCGAGCAGUCCUCCGGCCGACACCCGCCCGGCUCCCUCUGAUCAUGAGCCCAAACCGGGAGAGACGCCUCCCCCAGUCGGAGACGAAUCUUCCACGGUCACUCACUCCCACUUUUCCUUUGAAGUGGAUUUAGGACUGAAACAAAGCCCCUCUGAAAGUAUCACUUCAGAUUCGGCACUCUCGACGCAAAACAGGGGAAACGUUAAAGAAGAGAGCGGUGAAGCAGUUUUACAGGACUUAAGUUCACAGAUACAAAAUAUAGAAGAAGAGCAGGGGGAAAGUGUGAAUGUGAAAAUUGUUCAGGUUGCGUGUGAUUUGGAAGAGAAUGGUGUGUCCAUCUCUGGUUUGGUCCGAUUAGUGGAAAAGGAAAGGGAAUGUGUCCCAGAGGGACAGGAAGAGCAGCCUCUGAGCAAAAGCAGCCUUCCUAAUGGUUUGGAGGAGGGGAGUGGGAGCAGCUCUAACCUUCAGGAGAAGAAUGAGGAGGAGGACCUCUCCCCCUCUCCUGUCCCCUCCAAGGAGGAUUCUGUGACUGAGGAGAAAGAAAUGGAGGAGAGCAAGCAGGAGAUGAGUGACGGCGGAGCAGUGGGGUCCAGUACCGUCCAGCCAAAACUCAACAACCGCCUUCAGCCGGUCAGCGUUCCCUACGGAGGGGCCCGACCGAAACAACCAGUCAGCCUCAAGCUCCAGAUCCCACAGCUGCUGUCCGGCCAGGUCCAGAACCAGCUCGGCCCGGCCGCGGCCAGCAAGAACAAGAACCUGGAGAACCACAGCCGGAGAGGCACGCCUUCCGACCCGUCCCCCGGUGGGGCCGAGCCGGCCGCGGUCAGCGUGAACGGGGACCGGUCUCCUCUGAGGGCCUCGCAAAGCCCGGACAACGACCUCCAGGCGGGGCAGCUGGGCGCCCUGUCCAGGAAGGCCAGCAGCUCGCUGGGAGAGGUGGCCCCCGUGUGGGUGCCCGACUCUCAGGCCCCCGUCUGCAUGAAAUGUGAUGUCAAGUUCACCUUCACCAAGAGGAGGCACCACUGCAGGGCCUGUGGCAAGGUGUUCUGUGCAGCGUGCUGCAGUUUGAAGUGUAAGCUGGAGUACAUGGACAGGAAGGAGGCCCGUGUCUGUGUCACCUGUCAUUCUGCCCUGACAAGUGCUCAAUCGUGGGAGACACCAACAACUGCAAGCAAUCAGAGUCCAAACCCCAACAAUCCAGCAGAGUACUGCUCCACCAUCCCCCCUCUGCAGCAGGCCCAGGCCUCCGGGGUGCUCAGCUCUCCCCCUCCCACCGUCAUGGUGCCCGUGGGAGUCCUGAAGCAGCCCGGGAAUGAGGGGUCCCUCUCACGAGAGCAGAGGAGGGUGUGGUUCGCCGAUGGGGUCCUACCCAACGGGGACACGGCAGAGUCCUCCAAGCCUCCAGCCGCCAGCCCAGCUCCUUCUCAGUCACAGAGAGUGUCUGCAAAUUCAAAUAAAACCGCCGCCUCCGAAUCCUCAGAGGCGGCCCAGACCCCGACUGCCCCGGUGGGCAGCCCCGUGGGCAGCUCGCUCAGUCUGAUCCCGGAGGACGGGCUCCCUCCCAUCCUCAUCUCCACCGGAGUCAAAGGAGGUACGGGAGGCCACAUCACAGAUUACGCGGUGGAGGAAAGGCCGUCAGAGAUCGUCCUCAUGCAGCAGCUGGAGGAGGGGGGGCCAGACCCGCUGGUCUUCGUGCUCAAUGCUAACCUGCUCGCCAUGGUCAAGCUGGUGAACUACGUCAACAGGAAGUGCUGGUAUGUGACGACAAAGGGCAUGCACGCCGUGGGCCAGGCGGAGGUGGUCGUCCUGCUCCAGUGUCUGCCUGACGAGAAGACCGUCCCCAAGGACGUGUUCACUCACUUUGUGCAGCUCUACCAGGAGGCCCUCAGUGGCAAUGUGCUGAGCCACCUGAGCCACUCCUUCUUCACGCAGAGCUUCCUGGGCAGCAAAGAGCACGGUGGCUUCCUCUACAUCAGCCCUUCCUUCCAGUCGCUGCAGGACCUGCUGCUGCCCAACCCGCCCUACCUCUUCGGCAUCCUCAUUCAGAAGUGGGAGACGCCGUGGGCGAAGGUCUUCCCCAUUCGGCUCAUGCUGCGGCUCGGAGCAGAGUACCGAUUUUACCCGUGUCCGCUGUUCAGCGUCCGCUUCCGGAAGCCUCUCUUCGGGGAGACGGGCCACACCAUCAUGAAUCUGCUCGCAGACUUCCGUAACUACCAGUACACUCUGCCGGUGGUGAAAGGGCUGGUCGUGGACAUGGAGGUGAGGAAGACCAGCAUCAAGAUCCCCAGCAACCGCUAUGAUGAGCUGAUGAAGGCCAUGAACAAGUCCAACGAGCACGUGCUGGCCAUGGGGGCGGGCUUCAACGACCGGGCUGACUCCCACUUGGUGUGUGUCCAGAACGACGACGGGAACUACCAGACCCAGGCCAUCAGCAUCCACCACCAGCCGCGCAAAGGUGCCCACACCAGCACACUCCUCACACCCACGGCCACUGGGCCUCCUGUCAGUGGCGGUGCUUUGAAAGCCUCGUCCGGCUAUUUGGCCAAAACCAGCAUCGUGGAAGACGGUGUGAUGAUCCAGAUCACAGCCGAGACCAUGGACUCUCUACGGCAAGCCCUGAGGGACAUGAAAGACUUCACCAUCACGUGCGGCAAGGCCGACCAGGAGGAGAACCAGGAGCUCGUCCACAUCCAGUGGACGGAGGACGACCAUAACUUCAACAAGGGCGUCAUCAGCCCGAUCGACGGGAAAUCCAUGGAGUCCAUCACCAGCGUGAAGAUCUUCCACGGCUCGGAGUUCAAAGCGAAUGGCAAAGUCAUCCGCUGGACCGAGGUACUCGCUCUGCUCCGUUUAGAGAUCAGGAAGAAAAGCAGGCCGCCCGGGCCUCACAGGACCCCCCGCUGGGAGCUGUUGACCCCCCUCCCACCAGGCGGCAGCUCUAUUAACCGGAGCGGCCCACAGCACGACCCAAGCGAGGACCAGCCCGGCGGCCUGAGCGACCCGGCCGACCACAGCCGGCUGACGGAGAACGUGGCCAGAGCUUUCUGCAUGGCGCUGUGCCCCCACCUCAAGCUGCUGAAGGAGGACGGCAUGGCCAAGCUGGGCCUGCGGGUCACCCUGGACUCUGACCAGGUGGGUUACCUGGCGGGCAGCAACGGCCAGCCCCUGCUGCCGCAGUACCUGAGCGACCUGGACAGCGCCCUGAUCCCCGUCAUCCACGGCGGCGCCUGCCAGCUGAGCGAAGGGCCCGUGGUCAUGGAGCUGGUCUUCUACAUCCUGGAGAUCAUCUCCUAAAAGCGCGUCCCGACCCCCGACAACCACUCGCUCCCACGUCCGCCCCCUCCAGCAUCUCCCUCUCCGACCAUUUCCACCUCAAAAAGAGCCCGAAAACUGUGCCGCGCCGGGCGGGGUAGCUCCUCAAGUCAAACCUAUGCAUCUGCCCACUGUCUGUCCAGCCGGAUACCGGGGCCC